AUGGCUCCAGGUGAUCACCAACGCGGUGUUCCGCCAGUUGUCUCACCUCGAACUUCUUCGAAUCGAAAUGCCGCACAUGCUGCAGCGUCGGCUGCAGAUCGAUCUCGAAGAACGCAGCACAAUGAAGCCUCGAGUUCUCCACGACAAGCUACAGCUGGUGAUGGUUCACAAGAUCGGAUAGAUAGACAGCGGAGCAAUGGAAAUACACAGCAGCCGAAUGGAGGAUCUGAAGAUCCUGCUGUAGCUGCUGCCAAUGCUGCUGCCAGAGCUAGGAGGAGAGCUCAACAAGCUUCAGGAGAAGCUAUAUCGAGUCGACCUAGCGGGACUCGAGAGCCUAGAUCCUCCGCAUCUGCAUCCGCCGUACAACGACAAGCAAUGGCAGCCGCCGGCAAUUCGGGAGGACAAUGGUCAGAGGGCCCAUCUAGGGAAGCCAGCGAAGUCUUGAAUCGUGUGGUUAUCAGCAAGCCUGAGGUCGACCUUGAUCGAGAACGGGAAAGAAUGGCGGAGGCUAUCCCAUCCUCCCCAGCAUCACAAAGAACUCCUGGCGGUUUGAGUGUUGUGCCUAGCGAAGGUGUAGACGAUACUGGACGCGGAGGAAGCAGAAGUCGACAUGAUCACGCUGCCAGCACCACCAGAGAGAAGAGCAAUCAGAAGUUUGGCGACUACUUUCUUGGCAAUACCUUGGGUGAGGGAGAGUUUGGCAAAGUCAAGAUGGGUUGGAAACAAGAGGGCGGUGUGCAGGUUGCUAUCAAGCUCAUCCGAAGAGACAGUGUUGGCACGAAUCCCACCAGACUGGCUAAGAUCUACCGCGAGAUCUCUAUCCUCCGCGAAAUAUCUCAUCCUAAUAUCGUCCACUUGCACGAGAUGGUGGAAACACCAAAGCAGAUUGGUCUUAUCCUUGAAUACGCUUCUGGUGGAGAGCUCUUCGAUUACAUCCUCAACCACCGAUACUUGAAGGAUCAAGCUGCACGCCGACUAUUUGCACAACUUGUCUCUGGAGUUGGUUACUUGCAUAAGAAGGGCAUAGUUCAUCGAGAUUUGAAGCUGGAGAACCUGCUAUUAGACCGCAACCGGAAUAUAAUCAUCACCGACUUUGGAUUCGCCAAUACCUUCAAUCCUGACGACGAGUUAGGAGAUGAGAUCGAAUAUAACCUGUCCAGUAGGGAUUUUGUUAAGCGGAUGGAGCUUGAUAAGAUUCUGGAAGGCGGCCAUCGGAGAGGUGAUCUCAUGCAGACGAGUUGUGGAAGUCCUUGUUAUGCAGCUCCAGAGCUUGUGGUCAGCGAUUCUUUAUACACUGGCCGUAAGGUAGAUGUCUGGAGUUGCGGUGUGAUCUUGUAUGCCAUGCUUGCAGGUUACCUUCCUUUCGACGACGAUCCAGCCAACCCUGAAGGCGAUAAUAUCAACCUCCUCUACAAAUAUAUCGUUUCCACUCCUCUUACCUUCCCCGAAUAUGUCACACCACAUGCCCGAGACCUUCUCCGCCGUAUCCUUGUUCCAGACCCAAGAAAGCGAGCAGACCUGUUUGAGGUUGCAAGACACAGCUGGUUGAGCGAAUACUCUCACGUUGUCGGCUUCAUUACUAGCACCACAACUACAAGCAAGGACGUUGGUUCAACCACUGUUGCUUCAGAGGAGGAAGAGAGCGGUCCUAUGAUUGGAAGAAGUGCUUCGGUUAGAGAAUCGUCAAAGGCUUCUAAGCAGACUGCUGUUGGUGAACUCGGCAGAAAACAUGGUCAUGUUGAUCCUGAAGCAGCCGAGACACAUCCCAAGCCAUCGAAGGACAACAAACGCAGAACUGUUCAGGUCGAAUAUGUGGCUCCUCGUUCUCAAACACAACGUGGCGAGGCUUCAGCUGCGCCUGCUGCCGCUCCGGCACCCGUGGUAUCAGGUUCAAGGACAAGAGCAAGAGCUGAAAGUGGUGGUCCUACAGAAGUGAAGUCUGCUCAGCCAACGACGAGAAGACAGGUCUCAACAGAGAAACCGUUGCCUCAAGAUCCUCCUGGAGCACAAUAUACUCAAGGAAGACGCCCCUCAGGUUCUUCUUCUCGUCAACAAGGCAUGCCUCCACCUACCCGACCUGGUCGUGAAGUUCCUCGAUCCGUCUCCGAGACUAAUUAUAUGUCAGCUCAUGCACCGCCACCUGUCUCUACGAUUACACGACCAACAACUGGCGGAUCGAUGACAUCUACUGGUAGCAGAUCAGGAUCAUUAGCAUUGAGGGAUCGAGGAUCAUAUAGCCAACCAGCACCUCCAAGCGUAGCUGGAACCAACGCCCAAGGCCGCAUGUCACAACCAAAGAACGGCACGAGCUACAACAUUUCUGCUCCCAUCUUGGAUUCUGAGCAGUCAGAGUUUGGUCUUUCAAGUUCGAGUUCUCACAACCAGAUUCCUCCGAAGUUUGCACGUGUAGCUGGGUUUCCAGAAGGAUCGGCCGCUCCAGAAAAGGGUCACAAGAGAUCGAACACAAUUGGUGGUAUCUUUAGCAGAACCAAUUCCAUUUUCGGAAGCAAGAGAAACACAGAUCAACAGGAGAAGCCGGAAAAGACCAAGAAAUACCCACCUGUGAGCAUGUCUGGAGCCGUUCCCCAUUCAGACUCUCCUCGUCAAUCAAUGGAUUCUCGGCGCUCGAUAUCUUUUGGCUUUGGUAAAAAGAGAAGUGGAAGUAUCACUGGCUCUCAGACUACAACCUUGCAAGACAAGCCAAGAAGAUUUUCUUUACUUCCAGCUUCAUUCUCGUUGAAGGCUAUCGGCAUUGGCAAGGAAUACGGAACUCCCGGUGCUCCUCCUAGCAACUACGGUGACUACAAUCGAGAUGCUUACACUCCUCCUCCCCAAACUGCCCGAACUGGAGAUAGCCGGAAUAUCAGUGGUGCUACAGCAACUCAGCCGUAUGCUGCUGAUGGAAUCUACGAUCGCAGUCGUGAUAGUCCUAGACAAGAGAGACGACCUGGCAACACCUCCAGUCCAGUUCAAACUCGAUAUAAUCCUCAAACGGUUUCCAAUCCUCGAUCUGGUCCGAAUCAGGAAUUCCUCCCUCCCAUGAACUUCCGUCAAGGGGAGUCGGCUUUGAAUACCGAGUCGGAGUCUUCUCUAGGCGAGACCAUUCAAGCUAGAAGAGCAGCAUAUCCUGACGGUUUCAAUGCGUACAACGAUGCUCCCAGGAGACAGACCACCGGACAGUCACGAAGCAGUGCGAGAGGAGUCCUUCAGAAGAACAACCGGAAGUUCACCGAAGCAUACGAGCAGGAGGCCAAUAAUGGAUAUGGACCAACCCAUUCUGAUCAUGCUGGCAGUAGUGGAGCUGCGAGGAAAGUGAUGGAUUUCUUCCGACGACGAGGAAGAGAUCGCGGGCAAUGA